GUUGUUCAGAAAUGGCACCUCGUAAGGGCAAGGAGAAGAAGGAAGAGCAGGUCAUCAGCUUGGGACCACAGGUUGCCGAAGGAGAAAACGUGUUUGGUGUCUGCCAUAUCUUUGCUUCCUUCAACGACACUUUUGUCCAUGUGACUGAUCUCUCUGGCAAGGAGACCAUCUGCCGUGUGACGGGCGGCAUGAAGGUGAAGGCGGACAGGGACGAGUCGUCGCCCUACGCGGCCAUGCUGGCGGCCCAGGACGUGGCCCAGAGGUGCAAGGAGCUGGGCAUCACCGCCCUGCACAUCAAGCUGCGUGCCACCGGCGGGAACCGGACCAAGACCCCUGGCCCUGGUGCCCAGUCGGCCCUGAGAGCUCUGGCACGGUCCGGAAUGAAGAUCGGCCGCAUUGAGGAUGUCACCCCCAUCCCCUCGGACAGCACUCGCAGGAAGGGUGGUCGCCGUGGGCGUCGUCUGUAGACAGCGCUGCACCUUGGGUUAUUAAAGCUCUCUCUAAACCUC